AUGGAUGCCAAAAACUGCUUUGAAAGCUUCAGAGUGGAUGCCUCCUGUCCCCUUUGCUUGGGCUAUUUCACAGACCCAGUGAUUCUCCAGUGUGGCCACAGUUUGUGCAAAGAGUGUCUUCUCAGCUUCGGGAAGGAAAUUUGCCCUCCAACAAUCUGCCCAGUGUGCAGGACAGCCACUGCUUUUGAAGACAUGGUACCUGACAAGAGACUGCGGGAUCUGGCUAACAUUAGUAAGAUGCUGAGACCUCACUUACUGCAGAGCCUCAGGGAUCUGCCCACUUGUGACAAACAUGGCCUAGAACAGACCUUGUUCUGUGAGGAGGAUCACAUCCCCUUGUGUGGACCCUGCUUUUUAACCACAGAUCACCAGAACCACAGAGUCGUUCUCCUGGAAAAGGCUGUCAGUCAGUGCAUGGAGAAGCUCGAGGCUACAUGCAAGACUUUAAAGACCAAGAAGAAAAGAUUUCAGAUGGACCUGGAAUUUGAGAAAAUCAGAGAGGCACAGUGGGAAAAGGACGGCCGCCUUCUCAAAGCCUUGGUUAUGUCUGAAUAUGAGAAAAUGCACCAGUUGUUGGGGGAGGAAGAGGAGAUUCAAUUGCAAACAUUAGACCAGGAAGCAAGAGACAAUUGGAAGAAGCAGAAAAGCCCCUUUGGAAAGAACCUUCAUCUGCUAAUGAAGUCAAAGAAGCAGCCUGUGCAGAGGCUCCAGGCUCAGAAGCAGGCUGUGAACUCUGAGUGGGAGAAAAGGCUCCAGUUCUUGUCAGAGGAAAAGAAGCUACACCUGCAGAGGCUGGACCGAGAAAUCACAGACAACCUGGCAAAGUUUGAGGAGAGCAAGACAAAAAUGAACCAAGAGAUCCACAAGCUGGAAAUGGCGAUAUCAGAACUAGAGGACAAUUAUGUCCAGCUUCCUGUUGAAAUGCUCCAGGAGGCAAAAGGCACAUUAGGAAGGAGUGAGGAGCUGCUUCUUCAGAACCCAGUGGUGGCUUCCCCGACAUGGACCAUGCUGCCCGUCUCCGGGAUGAGAGAAAUGCUGCUGACCUUCCACAGGCAUCUGCGUCUGGACCCUCAGACAGCCAAUCCCCAUCUGGCCCUCUCUGAAGAUCUGCAGAGUGUGGAAUACCGUCCUGUCCCAGGGGAUGUACCCGACAACCCAGAGAGAUUCGAUUCUGCUCUCUGGGUCUUGGCUCAGCAGAAGUUCACUUCAGGCAGACACUACUGGGAAGUGGGGGUGGGGGAGCAAAGGGAGUGGGAAGUGGGCGUCUGUAAGGAAUCCAUCAGAAGGAAGGGCGACGGUGGCCACAAGGUUCUGGGAGACAGACUGACCCUGGCGGCCUUCACCUUUGACAGGGACUUUCACUUGUGGCAUUCAAAUCAAAUCGUUCCUUCCUGCAAACCAGUCCGGAAGCUGGGCAUUUUCCUUGAUUACGAAAGAGGGCACAUAGCAUUUUACAAUGCUGCAGAUGCAACUCUAAUCUAUAGUCCCCCAGAUAAGGCUUUCCAAGGUCCCCUUGUCCCUUGUUUCUCUCCUUGCUUUCCAAAGGGGAAAAACACCUCUGGAUAUCUGCAUAUCUGCCCCAGGGGGAACAAUGCUCAAGAAGAUGAUCUUUACUAA